CUAUGAUUAUAGUACUCUUUCAGUUUGGUUGUAACUUGUAAGGGUUCCUAGGGUUUUAUCCUUGUUGCGUCUUUCUUCUCCAACCGUAAACAAUGGAGUCCCAAGCUCCAGCUCCAUGUUGGUCCAAUAUAGUUAAACAAAAUCCGGUAGAAUCCCCAACACAACCACCGAUUACCACCAAACUGUUGGAAACAUGUAAAUCUACAAAGGGUAUUGCUGUUGCUGUUGUUGAUGCCAACGCUAUUAUUCAAGGAGGAGAAAAGCUCUCAUCUUUCGCCGAUAAGUUCGUAUCUGUUCCCGAAGUUUUAUCUGAAAUUCGUGAUCCUACUUCUCGUCAUCGUCUCUCUUUCUUACCCUUCUCUAUUGACACUGUGGAACCUUCCCCUGAAGCCCUCAAGAAAGCUGUCAGCUUUGCUAGAGCAACAGGUGAUCUGCAGACUCUUUCUGAUGUUGAUCUUAAGCUCAUUGCUCUAACUUACACAUUAGAGGCACAAUUUCAUGGCACAAGUCAUCUUAGAGACAGUCCUCCCCCUAUUCAUGUGUUGAAUGUAAGGAGAUUGCCCGAGAAAGACUUGCCGGGCUGGGGUUCCAAUGUUCCCAACCUUGAGGAAUGGGAAGCAUUAGAAGCUUUGGCAGAUGGCAAUUCCGAUCCUAAUUCUAGAAUUCUCCCGUUAAAAGAUUUAGCCUUAAAUAUCCCUGCCGAGGACCAAACAAAUUUGCAAGAUGAUUCUGUUGAAAAUGGGGGUGAAAAUCAUGACGGUGCUGACUUGACUUCAAGGCAACACCGGAGAUUUCCACCCAAAAAGAGAGAGGUGAAGAUUGAAGGAAAAAAGAUGAUGGCAGAUGGUAUUGAUGCAUCUCAAGGACAAUAUGAUGAUGAUAAUUCUGGUGAUUGGCGUCCUGCGGUAAGCCGAAGCACCCAUAGAAGGUUUCUCAGAAGGAAAGCUCGUCGUGAAAUGUAUGAAGAGUCCUUGAAAGAUGAUGAUCAGCAAGACAUCAAUAAAAAUACUGCAGGGAAAGUUGUGGAGGCUGAGUGUACUGUUCAGACUUGUAAUGACAAACAUGUCGAUCAAGAGCUUCCCGAGGAGAAAAAUGUCAGUGAAGGGACAAACGGCGCUGAGCAAAUUUCUUCUAUUUUGGAGCAGAUAAGACUGAAUGAUUCAGGAGAGGAUGAGAAACAGGACGAGCAAUCUGAUUCUCGCUUAGAGGUGACAUCAGUAGAUGGUGAAUUUGAAAAUGCUCAUUUUGGAAGUGAAGGGGAUAAUAAUGAAGCAUUAGAUCACUUGGAGAAUCAAAGUGUUGAUACCUCAUAUGCAGGGGAUGAUGCUAGUGAACAGAGCUGGAUGCUGAGAUCUUUGUCGGAUUCGAGUGUUGUGUGUAUCACAGGAGAUUUUGCUAUGCAAAAUGUUAUCUUGCAGAUGGGUUUACGCCUACUAGCUCCUGGAGGAAUGCAAAUACGUGAGUUAAACAGGUGGGUGCUAAAAUGCCACGCUUGCCAAAAUGUAACUGCUGAAGUGGGUCGUGUCUUUUGUCCUAAGUGUGGCAAUGGUGGUACCUUGAGGAAGGUUGCUGUUACCGUUGGGGAGAAUGGGGUUGUGCUACAAGCAAGAAGACAUCGUAUAAACUUGCGUGGUACAAAGUUUUCAUUACCUUUACCCCAAGGUGGAAGAGAUGCCAUAACUAAGAAUCCCGUCUUACGGGAAGAUCAGAUUCCGCAAAAGUUCUUAUAUCCCAAAACAAAGAAGAAAUCAAACAAGGAAGAUGAUUUCUUCGGUGUGGAUAGCAUAUUCGUUCACCACACUGAUAAGAAAGGCUUUCAUAGGCCUCCUGUAAGACAGGCAUUAGCAGUUUUCAGUGGUAAAAGAAAUCCGAAUGACAACCAUUACUCUCGUGGCAAGCACUGAGUCGGCUUUGCCCGGAAAUUUUGUUAGAUGUAGUAUUAUUUUUGUUGUUUUUCCUAGUUUCUGAAAGUCUUUUUAUGCAUACACUUCCUGUUUAUUGAUCCCAAAUUGAAUUGGAAUCCUUCCUUCUGAUUGAAUGUUUUUGUGAAUUGCAGAAUUAUUGUUAUAUUUGAUUGUUAUUAUUUGAUCUCUCAGUUCA